UUGAGUAGUUUAAACCCGAUCUACAGUUCGGCACUGUUCGGCUUGAUUUGUGACGUCUAUUUCUGUGACACUCUGGCCAAUCAUCGCACAGUACCCACUCACGCUUUUGGAACCUCGCCUGAGCAGGGCAUCCAUGGAGCAGGUACCAAAAAUAGUACCUUGUACCAGUAACUAUGCUAGUGGAAACGCUAUUUAAACCGUGCUGAGGUGAGGCGAGACGAGUAGAGCCGGUGGAAAUACGCUUCCACUGGAGUUAUUAGCAAAGGAGUUGCUUGCAGAAGAGCUUCACGAAUCUAGCAAUCCUAUUUUUCCUGUGCAGCUGGAUUUUGCUGGUCCAGCCAGCUGUGACACCAGUUUAUUCUGACUGGGUGACCCAUUUCCACCGGCUCUACUUGCCUCGCCUCGCCACGGCACGGUUUGGGUAAACCAACUAAACCAGCCUAAGACUAGCUAUAACCACCAACCAUCUUAAGCUGUCUUUUUCAGCAGGUACUAGCUACUAGUAAUAUAAUAAUAUCCCUGGGCACCAAAACAUCCGUGACGCACAAGAGACAAGGCGUGUGAUAUCGUUGUGGCAGCAACGGGUGCAGGAGUGGCCCCGCAGCCGCCUAUAUAAUUACAAGACAGUACUAAAGAAACUUCUAUGGUCAGACGACAUUUUGAUGAGCACAGAUAACGGAAGAAGCCCGGACUUUGGACCCCACGUGUGAAAACCAGCCAGUCAGUCAAGUUCCACCAACUAAACAUGAAGAUCCUUAACAAAAACGAGCUGGAGAUUGCAGAAGGAGUUCUGUUCAAGCAUCUACCUCAGAGUUAUAAGGUCUACGGAUACCUUUAUAAUAUAAACAGGAACAAACCAACUACACAGGAGGUAGUUGUUGAUUCAUGGCCCAAGUUUAAAGUCAUCAUUUGCCGACCUGACCUUAAGAUCAAAGGUGUCCUGGAGUCCAGGAAAAGGGUGGCAUGCUACGGCACUGAGGAGCAGGCUUUAAGAAAAAUGCUGAUGGACGAUAAUGUAAUAGACUGGAGUUUGGAUUUCAUGACAGGAGGAUUUGACUUGUCCCAAGCACCCAUACUUAAAGAAGUGUCUUCUGUGAGAGAUGUUAAGUUUAGAUACAUGUGUGCGGUUCACCUCGUGUAUUUGGCAGACAGCAGCCAUCUUCUCACACCAACAGUUGAUAAUGAUCUUGAAUCAAGGAUUUCCUCCCUUGACAUUUCCCAUGUUGACUUGGUGAAUAAAACAUGGAAGUUUGGAGGGAAUGAGCAGAGUUACAACACCGUUAAACAUUUCAUUAGCAAUUAUCCGUCGUACUGCAUCACUGACGGACAAGAUCAGCCGGUGUCCUGGAUUCUGUUGUACGAGUACUGUGCCAUGGGCCUGUUGUACACUGUGCCAGAGCACAGAGGGAAAGGGUAUGCCAAAGUUCUUGUCAGCACUAUGGCAAAAAGACUCCGUGCUGAGGGCCACCCAGUCUUCUGCUUCAUCGAGGAAGACAACAUCAUUUCCUACAGGCUCUUUAAAAACCUUGGCUUCACUGAGGAUCCCUCAUACAGGGCAGGGUGGAUUCAUUUCAAUUACAACUGAUUUUGUAACUAUUUUAAUGAUUUUAAAGAUAUUGUAAGGCAAUUGUAAUCUUGAUCAUAAGGUAUAUCACCUGGGGACUGUGGCACGUGUGUAGUUAUAUAAUCCAUGCUUGGGAUUUUGACUUGAGUUUUAGUAUUGGGCACCUCCAUCUUCUCCUGGAUCCUCGUGUAGCACCUCACCAUAAUAAUUUAUCUUUUGUAGCACAGAAAAGGGGCGAGAUAAGUGUUGACAUCCUACAGCAUGGUAAGCAUAGUUAUACUGUAUUUUUCCUUUGGGUUCAGAGCCUUCUUUGAUAUGUACUUACAGAACUCUCUUCAACAUCUCAUUUCUUUUGCGAGAAGGCACUUGACACGUGACUGGAACUGUAAUGACAAGAUGAAUUCAUAAUGCAAAUAUUGUGCCCAUUUAACAGAUUUCAAGACUGUCCAGGCUGUUCUGGUGCUUGUUGUAACUUACAUUGAAUUUGUAAAUUGUAAUACUGAUGAUUUUAAUUAAUAAUAUUACAGUACAGUAAUUCAAAUGUUCUACCUGGCUUGAUGGCUGUUCAUUUGAAUUAAAAAUCCCUCUUGAUUCACCAA